AUGGACUAUUCGAGCAUUAUUUCCAAGCCUAAGUCAUUCUUUGGUAAGCAAAAGGUCUGGAUGGCUCGUGGCGAGGACCUUGCAAUAUUCAACACGUAUCGAUCCAAUAUCCAGAACCUUCUUAGACAUUCCUGUAUUCCAGAGUCCAGUCACAACCUUUGGAUUGGCCUUUACCGAGUUGGAACUACGGAGGACGAAGCUAGAACAUUUGUUGUGGUGUCGUGCAGCGAUCGCAGGAUCCGGAAGCUUACCCGCGAUAUCCUAAGCAGCUACCCCAUCUUCCAACCAGGUGAAGCACUCGGCAGGUUCAAAGUUAUCAGCAAAGCGACACUCCCAGAGACAGCUUGCGAGCCUCAACAGACCAUGCAGGAUAACGGCGACACACCGUUUGAAACGAGAUUACUGGGUGAGGGCGACUACAAGAAACCUAAGACGACAAUUCGCAUCUACCCAUCUAGCACAGGCGACAAUUAUCUUUGUCGCCAAGUUCAAGCAUUCCAGAAAUCUGAAGGUGGAGACCUAGACUUAAGGUGUCAAACAGCCACGGCGGGACCCUUGCUUUGGCUCGAUGGCGUUACUUACCAGCUUACUGUCGCACACGUUGUCGACUUCAAGAAAAAGGAAAUUGAUGACGACCCCGAAAGUCCUGAUGAUGAUGUUCGCGACUGGGACGAAGAAGAUGACGAUGACAGUGUCAGCGAGUGUUCUUUGGAUGAAGCUGUUGCUUCCUGGAACAUCUCCGCGCGGUACAACACAACUCCAAGGGCUUCCAACAAUGAGAGCACCGACGACGAUAUGUCCGAUUCCAUAUCCAGUGGAUCAGGCCAAGAAGAUACUAUCCAACAAGACGAGGGCAAUAUCGCCGCCAGAGUCAAACAAACACCCAUCAAUAAAGAACCCACGGGCAUACCAGUCCAGCUCCAUUCUCCACCAGCCAUGGCUCUCUCAGAACAGCCAGUCCUUGAAAAUUUCAUUGUCGAAGAGCAUUCCUUGCCUCGGAAUCGCCUUUCAAUUACAAGCUGCCCAAUCUCCUCGGAAAUGGACUAUCUUCUUAUUCCUACAAGGUGUGAUCUCCAGAAGCAGGCCGCAUACGGUGCAGAGACAGUUCAAAUAUCUGAUGCCUUUGACGUACAAGAGAGGAUCGAUACUCGCCCUAUUAUCAUCGCCACAGCAGCACUCGGGUAUAUCGACGGCCUGGUGUUCCCAGCCGCGUCAUUCCUGCGGUCUCCGGGUUCAAAGGAUUUUCAAACAUUAUUUUGCAUCCAGUCAAGCGAGACUUUGCCCAGAGGUUCUUCGGGCUCCGCUGUGUUUGAUAAGGGGUCUGGCCUUCUCGCCGGGCAUAUUGUGCUCGGAUGUCCUGGCAAGAAUAUCUGGUACAUGGUUCCUAUUUUGAAGGUGUUGAAAGACCUCGAGGUCCAUCUUUGCCUGAAAGCCAAUUGUCAAAUACAGAUUGAGCCGACUGCAACGAAGAAAUGGGGGGAUUCCUUUGAGACAAUAGGAGACACCCAAUGUAGGAUCCCUAGAUUCCUGCCCGAUAUCUUUAUGUUAAAUUCCCCCGAUGAUCAUCAGAAAGUGGUCUCAGAACUAAGCAAGAAUAAUCAACCUGUGUCAAGCACCUUUAUGGGGUUUCAGACCGUAAUGCCAGCCGGCCUGAAUCAAUGGAAAAGUCAGUUUAGCCAUCAGGGCAGUUCACCGACAAGCGAUAGACUGUUCCUUGACACUUUCAGAGACUUAAGGGAUACCUUUUUAGAGCCUAUGAUUUGUAUGCUUCCUGGAGGGCCUCAUGACGAACGUCGGAGGACGAUAGGGAAGUACAAAAGAAACGUGCCGCAGCCUCAAGCAUGGAUGUUAGAAAUAUUCGAACCUUUCAUAAAAGGGAAAGAGGCGCUUGAUGGACCUGGGCUCUUAGAACUACUAAGGCGAAAGAACCUGUUGCACGCCAGACCCGAUAGUCAAACCUAUACACCUCAGUGUCUCUACAUCAAAAACAUUGAUCCCAGCACAGCAAUGGCACUUUACAAGGCUACAUCUUGGCGACCAAUGAAGGGAUGUCGGGAACUCUUCUCGGCCAACGCCUCCAGCGAACCAAGUCCGGUAAUAGAUAUUUUACAAGACGUUUGGCAUGGGACCGCUUGCUUCAAUAUUACAGUCAAUUUGCCAUUUUUGUUCAUCACAACUCAGAAUGAGUUAUUCAAGAGAUCCACUGCUGGAGGCUCUGAUGUCCGAACUCGCUUUGACCUUUCCUUCCUUCAGAUACCGUCGCAGUCUUGCGAUACACAUGACGAAGCCAUAACUUUCCAGACAGAGAAGAGCUAUCUGCUCCUGGCUACGUGGUCCACUAUAGUGAUCGGCACAAGUGAAAGAUAUUGGACAUCGGUGUGCCUGGAUGAUCGCUUUGGCGAGCAACUAACCGCCGAUGAUGGUUUGGAGGAUCUAAAAAUACCACUUGGCACACUUGAAAGCCAAGCAGCAAAUUCCAAGAGAACUAUGUCGCCGAGAGCAUAUGCUCUCAAAGUAUUGGCAAUACAAUUAGAGAAGGUUGCUAUAUACCACCAGCAAAUCAUAUCAGCUCUGAAAUUCAACUUCAACAUAUUUGAGGAAAAGGUAAAUGGUCCAAAUGCCAAUGGGCUCCACCACCACGACGCAUGGAGAAGCCAGUUCCGCCACUGUGCCUCACAAGUCUCGCACAUCAACUCAAAGCUUGUAACGACAGUUGAAAGCUUUCUGCUCAAGGAACUACAGGCCUCUCCAGGUGAUACAUCGGGUCAUCCUCUAUGGGAAGGUUUCCGUCAAGAGCCUGGUGCAGUUGAGUCAUCACAGCGGAUUCAAAACUCCCUUAAUAUGCUUCGCAAUACACAGAGUCAACUUCUUAGCAUGAAUGCUAGAAUAGAUGUAAGGCCGACCUAA